UCACUGGCAGCGUUGAGAGCCGGAGAAAGAAUAGGCAGUGAUAUUAAGUGCCUUUGGGAGGACUGUUGGAAGUCAAUCAGCCGGGGAGCCGACCUGACGCCGCUCGGCUCGAGCCUCAAUCCAGAGAGAAAUAAUGUACGGGCUGCUGUGCGAGAGUCUUCAUGACUUUAUCAAGGAGUCGUACGGGGAUGACGUGUGGAAGCUGGUCAGAGAGAGAGCAGAUGUCAGGUUACACUCUUUUGUCACCCACCAGGUAUAUAGUGAGAGCGUGAUACCCCGCAUUGCGAAAGCAGCCAGCGGAGUGACAGGCACACCCUACAACGAGCUGAUGAACUCCUGGGGUGUGUACUUCCUGGGCUUUGUCGGGAAGUACGGCUAUGACAGGAUCCUCAAGGUUCUGGGCAGACAUGUGCGUGACUUUGUCAACGGCCUCGACAACCUCCACGAAUACCUGCGCUUCAGCUACCCCAAGGUGCAGCCCCCCACCUUCUUCUGCCAGGAGGAGUCCGCCACCGGAGUCACCCUCCACUACAGGAGCAAGCGUAAGGGUUACCUGCACUACGCCAUGGGUCAGCUGAGGCAGAUGGGGAAGCAGUUCUACGACACUGACAUCCAUGUGGAGGUGCUCUCUGAGCAGAUGGUCGGAGACUACUCCCAUGUCACUAUGAGACUGAACUUUGACAACUCAGCGUACCGCUACAUCAUGAAAGAGGACGAGGAAGAGCAAGAGAUUUUGCCAAUUACCUCUGACUUCUUCUUUGAGGUUUUCCCCUUCAACAUUGUCUUCAGACAGGACAUGGUGGUGCACAAUGUGGGCUCAGGCCUGGCUACAGUCUUCCCUGAUCUGGAUGGAAAGAAGAUCAAUGACGCCUUCCUGCUGGCUCGCCCCCUGGUGGAGUUCACCUGGAACAUGAUUAUCUCCCAUCCCAACAACCUAUUUGAGAUCAUGUCCAAGGAGCCAGUGAAGAGAGAAAGGAACCUCCACAACCGAGUCCAGAAUUCUGACUAUGAAAACGCCAACCGCUCUGCUGAUGUGGACGUGGAGCUCAUGGCUUUCCAGUCCAUCAUUGGAGAUGAUUACAAAGAUGGUAACAGCGCUAAUGCAAUGGAGAGCUGGGGCGACGGGAGCCGCUGCCUCAAACUGAAAGGACAAAUGAGAUACAUGCCAGAGUGGGAGUCCAUCAUCUUUCUGGGAACCCCUGUGAUGGAGAGUCUGAGCGCUAUGUUUAAGACCGGCUUGUACAUCAAUGACCUGAGCAUGCACGACUCCAGCAGAGACCUGGUGCUGGCAGGCACUCAGCAGUCAGAGGAGCUGAAGAGAGCACUCAUACAGGAGCAAAAGAAGUCCAGUAAACUGGAAGAGAGCAUGAAGAUGUUGGACUAUGAGAUGAAGAAGACUGACGACCUUCUAUACAGGAUGAUUCCAAAGCCAGUGGCUAAACGGCUGCGUAAAGGGGAACCUGCUGUAAACACCUGCGAGGUGUUCCCAGAUGUGACCAUUCUCUUCAGCGAUGUGGUGGGUUUCACUCGCAUCUGCAGCCACAUCACUCCCAUGCAGGUGGUGUCCAUGCUCAACACCAUGUACACGCUGUUUGACACACUCAGUGAGAAGCACCGCGUCUUCAAGGUCGAGACCAUUGGGGACGCCUACAUGGUGGUAGCUGGUGCUCCAGAGAAGACUAAGUAUCACGCGCACAACAUUUGCGACAUGGCGUUAGACAUGGUGCGCUCCAUCGAUCACCUCAAAGACCCCUCCAACGGCAACAACAUACAGAUCCGCGUCGGAAUACACUCUGGGAUGGUCGUGGCGGGCGUGGUCGGACAUAAGAUGCCACGCUACGGUCUGCACGGAGACACAGUCCACACUGCGUCUGCAAUGGAGAGCAAUGGAAAGGAGAUGCACAUUCAGCUCAGCAGCGCCACCUAUGAGCACCUGAAAGGAAGCCACUUCAUUUUCGAGAGGAGGGGAAUCAUCACCAUCAAGGGCAAUGUUGAAAUCGAGACCUAUUGGCUGAAAGGAAAAAGGGACAAGGAUGGCAACGCUCAGGCAGCCUGUCCUCAGUUUGAGACUCAGACCAUCAGUAAAGCCAUCAGCAAGGCCACCAUCUCGGGCCCUGAAGCCACGGGGGACGAGGAGGGACUGGUUUUCCCUCUGGUGGCCGGCGAGGAUGAGGAUGAUGUGAAAUCUAUUCGUUCCCAUCGUAUCAAGAUGGAGAUUUCGGGCCACUCUCUGGAGGAAUCGAUGGAGGAGUGCCGUGUGGAGGAGAUGUCUGUUCACAAGUCCCACUUCAAGGACGCCUUGCCAGAUGAUCUACAGGACGACGACCUGGACCUGGACUCACCUGAGUCCGACGGCAGAGACUCGCUCAUGGAGUCCCGGGACAGCUCCUGUGACUCCCGCGGAUCCAAAAGCGCCAUGUGUUCCGUAUCUUGAACCCAAAAAACUGCUGCUUAAACAAACGAUAGCUGAUGCUCUAGCCAAAAAAUACGUAUAAAUUGCUCUUUCUAAAGCACUUUUUGUACAACAAACUCAGCUGGCAGAUGGCAGUGCAGUUGUCGCUACUAUUUUGGCUUUUGAGGAGAAGUCUUGCAUUGGUGCCAGCGCAGUCUCCUGUGGCACGUUUGUACAUGAACUAGGCUGCGAUGCUUUGAAUUUCUGGUGACCUUGUGUGGUGUUAAAUUGCAUAUCACAAUCAUUGAAGCUUUUUUUUUUUUUUUUUUUUUUAGCUCUACCAGUAAAUCAGCUGCAGCAAUCACUGCUAAUUUUAUUCCAGCUCCUGAAAGCUCUCAGUAAGAAUCAGCACACGAAUUAUCCGAUAUAUUCUAGUAUUAAAAAGUGUUCACUGCCACUCAGUUCAGCUGGACACAAGCUCAGUAUCUACCAGCACUGCUUCUCUGGCUGCUCCUAAGAUUUGACUUCUUGCUUCGUCAUGCGAAGAUAUCAUUCUGAAUCUCUCCCCCAUCCGUCUCCCUGUCCUUCAUCUUGCAUGUAUCAAGUCACUGCUCUCUAUCAGUCAAAUAUACAACCGCAGCACGACGAUAAUACUUGUCAGCAUAGCGAAAAUAAAGUGGGAUGGCUGCCGCA